CUGAUUGGCCCGGCUACCGCACGGUGUCACCGCCCUGCGUGAUGCGGUCACGGUGCCGCCGCCGCGCCCUCUCACCGCGGUUUGAAUGUGAAGCGCAGCCGGAGCUCUCGGAGCCGCCGCCGCCGACGGGGGGAGUCGCCAGGUUCUGCCAAAAUGGAGCUGAGUGAUGCCAAUUUACAGACUUUAACUGAGUAUCUAAAGAAAACACUAGAUCCAGAUCCUGCUAUAAGGCGUCCUGCGGAAAAGUUUCUUGAGUCAGUGGAAGGAAGCCAGAAUUAUCCGUUGUUACUCUUAACGCUAUUGGAGAAAUCACAGGAAAACGUCAUCAAAGUUUGCGCAUCUGUAACGUUCAAGAAUUAUAUUAAAAGGAACUGGAGAAUUGUUGAGGAUGAACCGAACAAAAUAUGUGAAUCAGACAGGAUAGCCAUUAAAGCCAACAUAGUGCCCUUGAUGCUUAGCAGCCCAGAACAAAUUCAAAAGCAGUUAAGUGAUGCUAUUAGUAUUAUUGGUCGGGAAGACUUUCCUCAGAAAUGGCCAGACUUACUGACAGAAAUGGUGAAUCGUUUUCAAAGUGGAGAUUUCCAUGUCAUUAAUGGGGUUCUUCGCACUGCUCACUCUUUAUUUAAAAGGUACCGCCAUGAAUUUAAGUCAAAUGAAUUAUGGACAGAGAUCAAACUUGUCCUUGAUGCCUUUGCUUUGCCCUUGACAAAUCUCUUUAAGGCAACUAUUGAACUUUGCAGCACUCAUGCAAAUGAUGCUAGUGCUUUGAAGGUUCUCUUUUCUUCUCUCAUUCUAAUUGCGAAGCUGUUCUACAGUUUAAAUUUUCAGGAUCUUCCCGAGUUUUUUGAAGAUAACAUGGAAACAUGGAUGACAAAUUUUCAUAGUCUUUUAACUUUAGAUAAUAAACUUUUGCAGACUGAUGAUGAAGAGGAAGCUGGAUUACUGGAGCUCUUAAAAUCACAAAUUUGUGAUAAUGCUGCUUUAUAUGCUCAAAAGUAUGAUGAAGAAUUCCAGCCCUACCUGCCACGUUUUGUAACGGCAAUCUGGAAUUUGUUAGUCACAACAGGCCAGGAAGUGAAAUAUGACUUGCUGGUUAGUAAUGCAAUCCAGUUUCUCGCCUCAGUUUGUGAGAGACCACAUUACAAGCAUCUGUUUGAAGACCAGAAUACGUUGACAAGCAUCUGUGAAAAAGUUAUUGUUCCCAAUAUGGAAUUUAGAGCGGCUGAUGAAGAAGCAUUUGAAGAUAAUUCUGAAGAAUAUAUAAGAAGGGAUUUGGAAGGAUCUGAUAUUGACACCAGGCGCAGAGCAGCUUGUGAUCUAGUCAGAGGCUUGUGCAAAUUUUUUGAAGGACCUGUGACAGGGAUUUUUUCUGGAUAUGUUAAUUCUAUGCUGCAAGAAUAUGCAAAGAAUCCAUCUGUUAACUGGAAGCACAAGGAUGCAGCUAUUUACCUUGUUACGUCUUUGGCAUCCAAAGCUCAAACACAGAAGCAUGGAAUAACACAAGCCAAUGAACUCGUUAAUCUGACAGAAUUCUUUGUGAAUCACAUUCAACCUGACUUAAAGUCUGCCAGUGUGAAUGAAUUCCCUGUGCUAAAAGCAGAUGGUAUCAAAUAUAUCAUGAUUUUUAGAAACCAAGUACCUAAAGAACAACUGUUGGUAUCUAUUCCUCUCUUAAUCAAUCAUCUUCAAGCAGAAAGUAUUGUAGUCCAUACUUACGCAGCCCAUGCUCUUGAAAGACUGUUUACCAUGAGGGGGACAAAUAAUACUACCCUCAUUACAGCUGCAGAAAUGGCACCAUUUGUAGAAGUGCUAUUAACAAACCUUUUUAAAGCACUGACACUUCCUGGCUCAUCUGAAAAUGAAUACAUCAUGAAAGCCAUCAUGAGGAGUUUUUCUCUGCUACAGGAAUCCAUAAUUCCAUACAUCCCUUCUGUCAUCACACAGCUUACACAGAAACUGCUGGCUGUCAGUAAGAAUCCAAGCAAACCUCACUUUAACCAUUACAUGUUCGAAUCAAUAUGCUUGUCGAUAAGGAUAACAUGCAAAGCAAACCCUGAUGCAGUUGGAAGCUUUGAAGAGGCUUUGUUUAUGGUGUUCACUGAGAUACUACAGAACGAUGUGCAAGAGUUCAUUCCAUAUGUGUUUCAAGUGAUGUCCCUACUUCUGGAAAUGCAUAAAAAUGAAAUCCCAUCAUCCUAUAUGGCAUUGUUUCCUCAUCUACUUCAGCCAGUAUUAUGGGAAAGGACAGGAAACAUUCCUCCUUUGGUCCGACUCCUGCAGGCUUAUUUAGAGCGGGGUGCCAAUACGAUAGCAAGUGCUGCUGCUGACAAAAUUCCCGGAUUGUUAGGUGUGUUCCAGAAGUUGAUUGCCUCUAAAGCUAAUGACCAUCAAGGAUUCUAUCUUCUGAACAGUAUUAUAGAGCAUAUGCCUCCUGAGUCAGUUGACCAGUACAGGAAACAGAUCUUCAUUCUACUAUUCCAAAGACUUCAAAAUUCCAAAACAACUAAAUUUAUUAAAAGUUUCCUAGUCUUCAUUAACUUGUACUGCAUAAAAUAUGGUGCAUUAGGUCUGCAGGAAAUAUUUGACAGCAUACAGCCAAAGAUGUUUGGAAUGGUUUUGGAGAAAAUUAUAAUUCCUGAAAUCCAGAAAGUGUCUGGACAAGUUGAAAAGAAAAUCUGUGCUGUUGGCAUUACGAAAAUAUUAACAGAAUGUCCUCCUAUGAUGGACACUGAGUACACCAAGCUGUGGACGCCUUUGUUGCAGGCCCUCAUUGGCCUCUUUGAACUGCCUGAGGAUGACACUAUCCCUGAUGAAGAACACUUCAUUGACAUAGAAGAUACUCCAGGAUAUCAGACUGCAUUCUCUCAGCUGGCCUUUGCUGGAAAAAAAGAACACGAUCCUGUAGGUCAAAUGGUGAACAAUCCUAGAAUCCAUCUGGCACAGUCUCUUCACAAACUGUCUACAGCGUGCCCAGGCCGGGUUCCGUCAAUGCUGAGUACUAGUCUGAAUGCAGAAGCGUUGCAGUAUCUCCAAGGAUACCUCCAAGCUGCAAGUGUGACGCUGCUCUGAAUUGCAUAUAUUCCACAAGCAAGAUCAAAAAGUCAAAAGCGGUUUUGUUAUACAGAAGGUUGACAGUGACUUUCUUUAUAGCAGAGCUCAGACAAAAUUAAAAAUGCUACUUGAAAACUUAUUGCAGAAUCCAUCUUGUAAAAGAUAAAUGUGGCUUUAAGCAGAAACUGAAAGAAUUUGGUGGUUUGUGUACUCAUAGAUAAAAGGUGGCUAACUUCCAUUCCCAGUUCAAUUUCAAAGGGAAUAGUCAUAGCAGUUUGUUAUGGGAUUUAUUUGAGAUCUGCAUCUGCAGUGUUUGGAUAACAUUUUGAAAUGUACGGAGAGCACUGGCUGUAGAAACUCACUUCCGUCACUAAAAUUCCUUUUCAUUUUGAUGUUGUCCUUUGUAUUUCUUUUGUCUUUCCUUAAACUUUAUCUAAAUUGUGAAUAAAUAAGAAGUACUUGUUUAAAAUGCCUGUCACUGUGCGCUUACUGUUUUAGAAGAAUGUAGUUGGUUUAAAAAAAAUAUAAUGUUUUAAACUUAGGAUAGAAUAUAAAAUAGUGGGACUGUGAGGAUUUUUCUUUAUCUUAAGUAACAGUUUAAAUAUAUUGUAGGAACAUACAGAGCAAAUCUAAAACUUUGGCAGAAGAUCCAAAGCUAUUAUCACUCUUGAUAUUCAUCAACAGGUGCACCCCUUCUCUUUGUACAAGAUAUGUCAGUAUAUUGCAGUAAAAGCAAUUAAUAUACCCUCUUAGAGUGGGUAUCGGUCUCCCAGUGGAUUUUUAGUGAUGUACUAAAACUAAAGGAGUCAUCUUAGAGUUAAACUUAACUCGGAUGUUCUCCCUGUCUCCUCAUAAAUAUACUGAUUAGGUUUGGUAGCCUUGAAUUCUAAGUGCAUCAGUUUACGUUGCAGUUAAGGCUGUUUAAGUGACUAGUGGAAUGCCUGGGCCUUACUGUGUUCUCAAAUGGCCUGGGCACCAAAAUACUAGACCAUAGGCUUUUAGAGCACUGGUACUUCAGGGAUAUAAAUAAAUCUAAUUAUAGAGACUGGAAAACUCCUGAGCAAGAGUGAAGUCUCAGACUUAUGUGAUACUAAGCAAUGUCAUACAUGACAGAUCUAUUUUUUUUUUAGUUACUUGUCCACAGAAAUUCUGCAGAUGACUUGAAUCAGGACUGGUUUUUUGUAGUUAGAAUACCUGUUGAAGCUGGGCCUUGUAUCAAGAAAGUUACUGAAUUUACUGAGGGUGAAACAUAGGGCAGAAUCAAAUGUCUUUCAGUUCUUUCUUAGUGUCUGUGGCUGCCAUGUGAGAGUGCGUGCUGGCCAUUUCUCUGAAAAUAUAAAGAAAUGAGUUGCUUGUUAGACAAUGGAUUUAAACUAAGUGCCUAAAAAUGUAUUAAAUGAGUCAGCAUCAACAGGUUUUCUUGAAUCUGGUUUGCAGUGCAGUGUCAGACCUUCUGUUCAUAGGUAUGAGGUGAAAGCAGUUCUCAAGAGUGAAAUAAUACAGUGUUGAUAAUGCAAAGCAUCUGCCUUAAUGCUGAUGAGAGAGACUGAUGUGUGUUACAAGUUUGCCGAAGCGCCUUGCAGAACGAAUUUCAAUAGACAGGCUGAAACCACAUGGGAGAUGUGACGUUUGCAAGGAACUGAAUGCCUACCUCGAAUGUCAAUGUUAAUUGAGCCGUGGUCAUUCAAAACCUGCAAGCCCAAAGGAUCCUCUGAGCUCUGUCCGCUCUGCAGCUUUGUCUUUUUUCCUUGGGUAAUAGGGAGAACAAAUCUACAGAGAACUUGCAGACCUUCUUACCCUGUCAGCCUCAAAGAACAAAAAUUAAAUCGGUACUGGUGGUCAUGUUCAGUAUUUUGACAUGCUCCCUUUGCAUCUCUUGGAGUAGACAGGCUGUGCAUGUAUGCUACAUAACCUUGUGCCGAAGUGGGGCUCUCCAGCACUAUGCAAUAUUAAGGGGCUCGUUGUAUUAGACUGUCGUAGUUCUACAGUUCUAAGCAAGAUUUCUUUAGGUUGCUGCGAUGCGUAAGUGAACAGACAUUUCUUAUCUUGCCAGUACCAACCCUAGGUGGAACUGGACAGAAUGUACAGCAACAAGCCAGAAACUUUUUGAGAGGUAGCCAAAGAAAAAUUGGCUCUUCUGAAUGGAAAAUUAUCAGUGAAUCUUAAUGUUCACUAUCUUGCACUUCCCCCAACGUGUGACCUUUUGUUGUUGGACAGAUGUUCCGUGUGAAUAAGUGCCUAAGUGACUUCAACAAAUACUAGUGGCAUACUUGUCCUUUAGUUCACUCUGAGUUGAGUAACUCAGACUUUGUAGACAUGGCUGUGCCUGUGGCACUGUUAGUGACAUGUUAUUUAGCGCUGAUGUAUUCUGCAGACUUCGUAAGGCAUGCAAGUGUUUAUAGACAGCACUUACCCUUUCAGGGAAAUGAACUUUUCAAGUGUAGUGCAGGCAAGUGGAUGCAUCUCUGCUUCCCGGUACAGGCAAAUGUUAUUGGCAAUGCCCUCGACCUUCACUCAGGUGGAGACCUGGUUGCUACUUCUGACACCUCCCAUUCUCAAGACUUGGGAGGCAACACAAUGUUCCAACUACAUUUGUCUGUUAAGUUUAGUGGAAACUGAUGCAAGCAAUGUCGUAACAGUUUUUGCAAGAUUGUUAAACUUCUCUGGGCCGCCCUUGGGUGUAUUCCUUGUUAAACAGUUGGGCAAAUACCAGUUUCUUCAGAAGCCCAGGCUGGAAACAGCUGGUAUCAAUGGAGCUUCUGAGGACUUGGGAGCAUCUAAUUCAAUGUUAGACAAUUAACUCCUGGUCCUCUUCCGAAACACUUCUGAAAAUAAGUAGCCAGUUCUCCCUUGCAAUUGACAAUGGGAGAAGAUUAUUCAAGUUCAAGGGGCAAAAGAUUACUUGCUCCAUUUUCAGUAUGAAAUAGGUAAAGGGACACCUGUUUGGGGAUCUUUUGACACCACAGAACUCUAAUCUGUCCUUUUUUGGAGCCCACUGACUUGUAGUUUUCAACUUCCAAAUAAUGUUCUGAGGCUUUUGUAGGAGAAGAAAUACCUUUUGUUGGUUUAAGGGGGGGG